GAUCUCUUAAUCCAAACCACAGAGAAGAAAGUAAUUAACGCAAUGGCAAGUACUCUUCUUCAUCAGAGAUUGAGUGAGGCAGCCAAGGCAGGAGACAUCGAUGGCUUAUACUUUGUGCUCCAUGAAGAUUCAUAUAUUCUUAAGGUCAUUGAUCAGAACCCUUUCACAGACACUCCAUUACACGUUGCUGUAACUGCUGGGCAAGCCUGUUUUGUGGAAGAGAUCACAAACCUGAAGCCUUCCUUUACCAGAAAGCUAAACCCAAGUGGGUAUAGUCCCUUGCACUUGGCUGCGGCUAAUGGGCACGUAGAGAUAGUGAAACAACUCUUGAAGGUAGACUCUAGUCUGGGUGAACUCCAGGGAAGGGAGAAGAGAAGUCCACUUCAUUGUGCAGCCAUGGCUGGAAACAUGGAAGCCUUGGAUGAAUUGAUCUACAAAUGUCCCAACUCUCUUAAGAAGUUGACGAUUCGAAAGGAGACAGCUCUUCACUUGGCCGUCAAACAUGGUCAAUUGGAAACUGUUAAAGCAUUGCUAAGAUGGAUUAAAGAGCUUAGAAUGGAACGCCUUCUAGGCAAGAAGGAUCGAGAAGGCAACACUGUAUUGCACCUUGCAACCUCCUUAAGACAAUAUGAGACAGUGAAUUUGUUGUGCAAUGGUUGUAAGGUUAAAAGAGCUGCAAAUGUGAAUGCCAAAAACAACCAUGGUUCGACCGCCUUAGAUUUAGUUGACUCAGUGAGGCACCUAGAUGAACCACUUGAGGUACCGGUGCAAAAGAUAUCAAACAUCCUCCACAAAGCUGGAUCCAUGCCAGCUUGUGUCAAUGUGAACAUGGACAAGCUUAUUAGUCCUUCCUCACCAACCAAACAACCAAGAUUAGCCAUUUAUCAUCGUCAAAGGAUCUUUCACUACUUCAAUUUCAAGGUGCGUGAAGAUAUCUCACUGGACUUGCGUAACACACUAAUGGUGAUUCUUGUUCUCAUUGCCACUGUCACUUUUGAAGUUGGAAUCGAUCCGCCAGGAGGUAAUUGGCAAGAAGAUUCUAUCGACGGUCAGUAUAUUGCCGGAGAUCCAAUUUGGAUGAGCAAGGACAGAGUAGGUUACUAUAUCUUCACGGUAGUCAACUUUGUAGGAUUUGUUAUGUCUUCGGUGAUGAUCUUUAGAUUGGUGGAAGGAUACCCUUUUAGUGGUCCGGUCCAAGUGGCUCAAUCAUUAUUGGUUUUUACUUAUGUUUGGGCAAGUCCUUGCCUUCCUUAUACAAAUAACGUCAAAUAUAUAAUCCUUGUAGCGUUGAUUCCCAUAGCGGUGGUUGCACUCCAUUGGAUUAACAGAAAGCCAAAGCAUUUAUACUAGGAGUGUUUCGUGGAAUAGGGAUGGGUUGGAGCUGAACUCAACCAGACCAACCCGGUCACCAUUUGGUCUUCAAGUUCUUUCAUUGAUUUCACAUGUUUUUUUACUGCUGGGGGUACAAUGUCUUGUAUUAUAUGUCUUGUAUUUGUGGGUUGAUUUCAAAGGAUUGUUAAAAAUUCUAUCGGGCAUGACACUUGGAGGAUUCAUCUCACAUUGUUAUCUUCAUUACUAAUGUCUUGACAAAUCUAUGGCAGGGGUUUGGACUGGUAUCUCCCCCUCCCGCUUUUUUUCUUCUAAGGUUACAUGUAUAU